UGCUGAGCGAGAGUGUUAGCAGAGGACAUAAUCAUAUCGACCAAUAUUUUCAUCAAGGCAGUAUCAGACCUAUCACACAAGCCAUCAAUGGCUGACCUUCGACAGCGAACGAAUCGGGAACAAGGGGACGAGGCUGCCAAGAACCAGCCCAGACAGAAUGUUCCUAAACCCCCCAUCAGUGAGGAUGAAGAUGAAGACAUGUUAGGUGUAGGGGAGGUGGCAGAUACUUCUUCCCUCCCUCAGGCUUCCGACAAGACAACAGGUGCCCUCGACUCAGCCCUCAAAGACCUUUCUCCAAGAUGGAGGAACUGGGUGGUGCGUGGAAUCUUCUCCUGGGUGAUGAUAUUAGGCUUCGGGUUUAUGAUCUACCUUGGCCCACUGGCUUUGGUUGUUGUGAUUUUUGCCAUCCAGAUAAAGUGCUUUCAUGAGAUCAUUACUAUUGGAUAUGUGGUUUAUAAGUCGUUCGACCUGCCCUGGUUCCGUUCCCUCAGCUGGUACUUCCUGCUUGUCUCAAACUACUUCUUCUAUGGAGAAAGUCUCAUUGACUACUUUGGGGUGCUACUUCAUCGAGCGGAGUUCAUGCGCCCAUUUGUGACCUUCCACCGGUUUAUAUCCUUCUCCCUCUACAUAGCAGGCUUUGUGGCUUUUGUCUGCAGUCUAGUCAAGAAACACUACCUGAAACAAUUUACACUGUUUGGAUGGACACAUGUGACUCUCCUGAUAGUUGUGACACAGUCUCACCUCAUCAUGCAGAACAUCUUUGAAGGACUUGUCUGGCUUCUUGUCCCCGUAUCUAUGAUCAUCUGUAACGACAUCAUGGCUUACAUGUUUGGAUUUUUCUUUGGUAAAACUCCACUGAUCAAACUCUCUCCAAAGAAGACAUGGGAGGGCUUCAUAGGCGGCGCUGUGUCUACAGUAUUCUUCGGCAUCGCAUUGUCCUAUGUCCUGGUGCAAUUUGACUCCAUGGUGUGUCCCAUUUCAUACGACGAGGUCAAAGAUAGUAUGUCAAUGGAAUGUGAACGCCACCCAGUGUUCAUCGUGUCCGAGUUUGGUAUUCCUGCCACCUUACAGACGUUCCUGUCCUUUUUUGGUUUUCCACAAACAACGAUAAAGAUCUACCCUUUCCUCCUCCACUCUAUAUCGUUGUCUCUGUUUGCCUCCGUCAUUGGACCAUUUGGUGGAUUCUUUGCCAGUGGAUUUAAGAGAGCUUUCAAAAUCAAAGAUUUUGGUGACACUAUUCCCGGACAUGGAGGCAUCAUGGAUAGAUUUGAUUGUCAGUUCCUAAUGGCCACAUUUGUACAUGUCUACUACACAAGUUUUAUCAGAGCACCAAAUCCACAGAAGAUCAUACAGAACGUACUCCUCCUCACCUCAGAAGAACAAGUACAUGUUUUCCACAUGUUACGUGACAAACUCCUUUCCCGCGGGCUGUUACAGUUGGGAAAUGUAACCAUGCCGUCUUAGCAGGUUCAUUUACCACUGUUAGGAAUUUUAUUUGAAUUUUUCUUUUAAUUUAUUACACAAUUUUAAUGGACAUUUGAAUAGAAAUGCAAUAUUUUGUGUGGAAUAUUUUACGAACAUUUUCCUGUUUCAAGUUUUAUUUCUGUUGAAUGAAAGUGGAGUGAAAAAAUGUGUGUUUAUCUUUUUCUAAGUCUGUGGCUAGAACAUGUAAUAAAUAUUUAAAAUAGGCCAUUUAGUGGGUUUCUCAAUUUUACCUUUCUUUGAUAAGAUUUACUUUUACUCUUUAGUGACAAUACAGUGACAGCUCGUUGAUCUGAACUCUAGUUCUCUGGGAACUUUCCAGGUGGUGAUAUAUGUAAGAAACUAAUUAGUCACUAAAGACUGUGGUUUCAAUAUUCUGAAACAUUAUUCCUUCUAAUUCUUUAUUUUGUUUCACGAGGUUCGCUGUAUAAGGCUUAAAAGGCUGCUAGAUGUCAGUGGGAGUGUGAUGUACAGAUGUAAUAGUUAUGUUGUGGACAUGUAUCUUUUAUAACGAUAUACCAUUCUUGUUGAUCUCUUACCUCUUAUUGUCUGUGUGUGUUACACCUCUGUCCAAUCCCUUACUCUGGUAGGUGUGACUCCGAUACUGGGCUGGUGAUCAGUAUAUUAAAUAUACAAAACAAAAUUGAUAAAACAGAUUAUAUAAUAUAAGUAAGAAUAACAGUUUAAUCUUAACAACUUGCUAAGAACAUGUCGGCAGUAAACAUAAUGCCCAAACUUCAAUCAUUAUUAAACCAGUAUAAAAUGUUUCAGUGUCUGUGACAUAAAAAUUGGGUUACUGGUAUUAUGAUUGUUGUUUAUUUUAAACCCAAAUUCAAACUUUCUCUUAUGAAAAUGUUUUAAAAAACUUUUCAACAAGCAAACUGCAGUCUUUCUGACCCACAGAUUCAGCUGUGAUGAUCAGUAUGGAAUACAAGUGAAUUCCCAGGUAUACGAGAUUGACAGGCAACAGCCAUGUUAAACUCAGAUGUCUGCUAGGGUGCAUGUUUACUGGUGAGUGUAGGGUAAUGUACAAUGUCAUAUCUACAUCACUAUUGGCAUGAUGGGGCUUUGUAUGUUUCUUGUUUGACCUCAGCUUGCAGAAAUAUCUGGUUUACAGAAAUAUCUGGUGUACAGAAAUGUACAGAAAUAUCUGGUGUACAGAAAUGUACAGAAAUAUCUGGUGUACAGAAAUGUAAAGAAAUAUCUGGUGUAGAGAUAUUUCCAGCACUUUUUUGUAUCACUUCCUUUAGGCUUUCAAAAUCAUGUUGCUGUGAGACAUUCUUUAAUGUAAUCUGUAUAUCAAUAUUGUGUUGUUGUUUUUUUGUAGGUGUUUAUUGUUUUGCUAUAUUUGCAGCUUAAAAAUGCGAAAUCAUAAACCCCUCAAAAGAGUAAGUAGCCUUUCUGAUAAAUAGUAAAACUAUCAACUGUUGGUGGUGUCACAUGAAAUUUAAACCCCUGUAUAAUUAUUUCAGUAACAAAAUCGAAAAAAGUUUAAACCUCUGUUAAUUUGGUUCCAGGAACAAAAUCAAAACAAUUUUUACCCCACAAAUUUAAAGUGCAAUACAAUAUACAUUGUCUGAUCAACAUAUGCAUGUAUACCUAUUUAUAUAUAUGUUAAUGUGUUAUUCAUGUAUACAUAUUCAUAUGCAUUACAUAUUUAUACAUAUUCAUAUAUACAUAUUCCGUUGGUAAUUAUUUUGUCAUGUCCUGGAUGGUGCCAAAAUUGGAAAAUUGAAAUGAAAUUUCUAUUUGUACACUAUUAUGACAUAUUCAUAUACAUGUUCAUGUAUGCAUAUUAAAUUGAAAAUUAUUGUUUAUGUCUUAUCUGAAUAGAUGGUUCUAAAACUGGAAUGCACUGACUUUAUUUUUCUGUCAUCAUCUCUUGUUAUCCAGCAGUCAAAAUCUACAUCAUGGAUACACACUUUUGUAAUUUGGUAAAAUUCAUGGCUAUUUUUUGUUUUGCUAGUUUUGAAUACAUAUUGUAACCAUUUUUAUUCUUGUGAAGAUUUUAUUUUAACACUUCACAUACAGGAAUAGUUUGAAUAAGGACAUACAUUUUUAGGUUGGGUUAUAGAUGGGCUAUUUGAUUUGUUGAAUGUAUGAUUUAUAUGUUUAAAUAAUCUAAUAAUGUAUGUAUGACUCGAAUGUAUGUUUACAAUAGUAUAUAUAUGUGUACUACUUGUGUGUUUCAUUAGUGUGUUAAUUGUUUGUUAUGUGAUUGGGUACGUCCGCUUAACUACAGAGUAGUUUGGCUAUCUAGCAGACAAUGCAGUCGGUUUAUGUAGGUAUGGUAUUAUUGUAUGCACCUAUAAAUAUAGAACUUGUAUGAACUCACAUACAACUCAUAUGUAUGUUUGCAAUAGUAAAUUUAUAUAUGCUGUGUAUUUUAAAGUAUGUUUGUAAUACUGUUGUGUAAUGUAUGUAUGACUCGUAUGUAUGUUUACAAUAAUAUGUAUGACUUGUAUGUAUGUUUACAAUAGUAUGUAUGACUCGUAUCUAUGUUUACAAUAGUAUGUAUGACUCGUAUGUAUGUUUACAAUAAUAUGUAUGACUUGGAUGUAUGUUUGCAAUAGUAUGUAUGACUUGUAUGUAUGUUGAGAAAUACCAGGGGUUUGAUACGUAAUUAACUGAAUUAUAAAGCAGUAAGCUAAAAGAUUAUAUAAACACAGUCCAACAUUGUCUCGUAGUUACUAUGGUUUUGUUGUUCAUUUCUCCAUCAUCCACUGUGUGACACUGUUCUUGUCAAGUUAUUACCAUUUAUAUGUCUAUCAUUGGUUUCAUUUACCUGGUAUGCAGUCUUAUUUUUGUAUCCGAAAAGAUAAUGUACACUCACAAAUGCACCUCAUACAUUUUCGUGUCAGUAUCAACAAAUUUAAUCAUGAAAUAAUUAUCAGUUUUGCUUGUGGUGUAGAAUUUGUUUCAGAUUCUAAUGCAUUCAAAAUUGGAUAGAAAUUUGUGAUUAAAACUUGAAAAAGAAUGAUAUGCUUUAAGUAUC